AUGAUCUCUACUGCCACCAGCAACAGCUACACCAAGGUUUCGGGCUCCGGGGCUUCCCGCCCCACCUCUGGCGCUGCGCGCCGCACGCCGUCUCCCUCGCGGAUCGUGACCGACUUCGACGCUGCGCGCAAGCGGGUCCCGCCUCCCGUUCCUCCUCCUCCCUACAGCGCUGUCGUGCGCGCCAGCGAGCGCUCGCUCAGUGAUGAGGAGUCGAUCGCCUCCUCUCCCCCUUCCAGCUUCUGGGGCUCGCCGACCAGCACCCACUCAACGCUCUACGAGGACGACUACCCCCAGACGCCCUACAGCGCUCAGCUGUUCGGUACCCCGGCUUCGCCAUCCAAGCGUCCUCUCCCUGCGCUGCCCUCCCCUUCCAGCCCUUCUCUCUCGGCUGCACUCUCGGCCUCGCCUCCGGCCUCGCAGCCCAUCAGCCGCAACCCCAGCCACCGCCGCCCGAGCCGUACCCUCAAGCCCCCCACGCGCAAUGACAUCUGCGACGCUCUCAGGCUCCAGUUUGCCAUCGAGGCGAGCCUCAAGCCCAGCAUGUACGCUACGUGGUUCGGCCACAAGGCCCAGUUCCCUUGUGGUUGUGCCCCCUGCUCCUGCGCCGAGGGCAACAACGCUCACCCCCGCCACCUCCCCUGUCCCCUCCAGCCCGGUAUGCCUAUCGAGCGCAACUGCGGCGCCUAA